CUGCGGGGGGAGCGGGGGCUGUGCGGGGCGCGCUGCGAUGAGGUCGCUGCGAUGAGAUCGCGCCGUGAGCCCCGGGCCGUGCGGCCCGCAGAAACGGGAAGCGCUCCGAUGUGCGCUGCCGUUAUGGAGGGGUGGAGGUGGCGGUGGCGGUGGCCCGGCGCUGCGGGGCGAGCGCUCCGGGUGUGGGCUGGCCGUGGAGGUGUUACGGUCUGGUGGGAUGAAAGAGGCGCGGGAGCUAAAAAAAAAAACUGAAGCCUUUGUGAGCUUUCAAGUGGAAUGAUUGGAGAGCGCGAGGGAAAAGCUCAGCGAGCGGCGUUUGAGAGGAAGGAAGAGCUUUCAUGUGCAGCUCCGUGGUUGGGCGUUGCGGUGCUUGAGGGACCCGAGGAGCGCUGGGUUCACGGCCUCUGUGUGUGUGGAUUUGGGGCUGCAAAACGGGCGAGAACGCAAAUGUCCAUCAGCUUCGGCCUGUGGGCUUUGAACUCCUCGUAGCACAGUGAGGGGGGCAGGAGGCACACGCUGCUCUGCUGGGGUCGGGCUGGGUGCUAACCCAGUGCUCAGCGUGGGGCUUCGCUGCACAGACACCUGCUGGUGUGGCCUGUGGGAUGGUGGGUGAACGCUUUGACCAUGUAUGGCAGGUCUCAUCUUAGGCUUCUUAUGAAAUGUGGCCCCUUUAAAAACUCUGGUGUGCUUAUUUCGUUUAAGCCUUUCAGUUAGGUUUAAAAGAGAAAAAUGUUCCAGCCCCUUUGGCUUCUAAAUGAUGCUAGGAAAAGUGUUAAGGGUAUUGAUGCUUCUGAUUCUGUUUUUGUGCUGAUAGGAGUGCUGCAGGGAUCAGAAAGAAUGUCAAAGUGUUUUACUAAUAAGAAUACUUCUGCUUUAGUGUUCCCCUAUCGGUCUUGUACGCUUCACCUUUUAUCUGUUUUCUGCAUUAGGAGAUUUCUGAGGCACUGAGAGCUCCCUGAGAUUUCUGUGCCAGCAUUUCCUGUAGCAGUCCCCUUUACUGACAUGCCUGUGCGUAGCCACAACAAAGCAAAAGUUAUUUGUUUUGAAAACAUGGGAGAUGCUGCUCUGACUGGCUGGGUCUGGUGGUAAACGUGAGCAGCAAUCAGGCUCUGGGGCCAGCAAGUGGGAUACAGGAGGGAAGCUCUAAAGGUGAGUUGACUUACCAAGGUUUUGUGGGGAGAAAGUAGCGAUGGGGAGAGCAGGAGGAGGGAGAGGUGUGUUGCUGCCAGGCAGUGUGUGUUCAGCCCUGCUGCCUUGCUUCAGCUGCCAGCCCUUUGAGAAGCUGCAUGUUCAAAUGCCUCAAGUGUCUGUGCUUAAACCGGUGUUAGACAGUUUCUACAGGUGAUGUUUUGUAAACAAAUGAAACAAAAUUAAUUCUACAGCUUGAUCAUAGCGAUGUGAUAAGUUAGUUCUUUAUAACUGAGGUGGUUCCAUGAGAAUGAUGGACUUGGAACAGAUUUUCACAGUUCAGACAGGCUCCUGUCUCUAUUAAUGUCGCUGUAGUAGUGUGAAGUAUUGACAUUUGUUUCUGGAGCAGCAAUGGAUGGAUUGCAGAGACUCAUAGCUAAUGCACCCUAAUAAAUUAUGUUGCUGCUGGCAGUUGGGAAAAGAUGCAAGUGAGUUGCCAAUAGAAGGUGGUGGGGAAACUUUCUCUUCUCUUUUUAGAAACUGAGUUACGGGGACCAGCUCUUUACCAAAGCAAAGCCACUGUCUUGGAGUCUAAGGUAGAUUCAGAAAGAUUCAGGAAGGCUGGACCUACUCAACUUCUAGUUCUUCAAGGGGGUACAUUCUUCCUCAGUCUAAAUCAAAUUUGGCCCAAAGUUUCAAGAGUUUUGCAGCUCCACAGUAUCAUCUUGGUGUGAUUUCUGUACUUGCUGUAGUAAUUGAACAUACAUUUGCAGUUAGGUUUUACAUUGCAGGUGCAGGUUGUGUACUGCUCCUUGCCCUGCAAAGUGCAGCAGUGUUACCAAGGACUGAUCAGCUGAGCACACCAGGUAUAGCACACCAGGCUGGGCUACAGGGCUGGGUCUCAGAAAGGAUAAAGUCCUCUUCAUGCAGAUCCUGGUCCAGGGCUGGAUCGAUUCUGCAUCCCAACAAGGUCAGCCUGGGAGGAGAUAGCUUUUCCUGCGAGGAAGUGUGGUUUCAUAUCAAUUCAUGCUAUGGUCUAAUGGGAAAAUAGGUGCUUUAUUUCUUGUAUUCUGAUUGACUAGCAGACAGGAGCAGUACUUUGGUGGUUUGGAUGAAUUUGGAGUUGGUAUCUGUGAACUAACCAGUGGAAUUCCUUACGUGUUUGAGGCACUAAUGUUGUGGGAUAUCAAAAUGCUGCAGAAACUGGUGAGGUUUUCUUUGGUUGGGCAAGACAAAUGGAUCUUGAAACUCUCAAUGAAUCAAAGUUGUGUUCUUGAAUUUUGAAGUGCUUCAGAAAGUUUCUGGUUCAGCUUGUAACGAUGUAUUGCUGCUUAGAACGUGUUUUUUGAUGAGUACACUUUACCAGGGGUACAUUACUCCUAGUAAGCAUGGAGAGCUUUAUGUAAUAGGUCAGGUCACCAUUUCCUAAAAGAUGUAAGGGCAACAUCGGUGUUGGUGUGGUGACUGAAGAUGGCAAGUAGAGAACAGGCUCUGAGAAGAGCAGUUGUGUUUGGUUAAAUUUAUUCACGAGCUUCAGUCGAUGUUAAGCUUUGAAAGAAGGCAUCUCUCCUGCAGCUGUGGUGAUUGGGUGAAGAUGAUGUAUUCCCUUGGCAGGUUUCUAGAAGCUCAGAUGUCAGAAAGUUCAGUUAUCAUUCAGUCCACAAUCAUUAGGAUUCAUCUGCAUGCACUGUAGCUGACAGAAUACAAACUGGUAGCCCUGUCUUCAUGGCAAAUUUGUCCAAAGCAGCGUGUGUGGAUUUGGUACUGAAAUGCUAAACGUCCUGGGAGAUCCAUGGCAACCAGUUGCCAACACCUGUGUUAAAUUUGAAUCUGUUCUCUAGGUCUACGCUAAUCAGCAAUGAAUAUGUUACCUGUCUUUAAAAGAAUUGGAUUGAAUUCCUUCUAGUGCUGUAGUUUAAUUUCAAGAAAAAUCUGCUGCAGGAAGCAGCCAGUGUGUCAGAGCGAGCUUUACAGGCAGGGUGCUGUGCUAGAGAAGGGAUUCAGCACAGUGUGAACCAGCAUCAGGACAGCUGGCAGAUGGAUUAAGGGCUGGGGAUACGCUGGCAAGUCUUUCCAAUUCAGCUUCUACCUUUUUUCCCUGCUGCUUGUUUUGGUGCUGGUGCCAGGUAUUUGUUUGACUCAUUCUGUGCUCCCAGGAGUUUACAACUGUCAGCAUACAAAGACUUUCCAUAGCUUUUCGUGAGUAAGGUUAGAGCUUUGCCUGGUCCUGUGAGGUUUGUUUUGGAAAUAAAUGUAAUACUUUCUACUCUUAAGUUAUGCUCACUGUUCAUUUUCAGUCUUUGCAGAAGUGCUUUUAUCAACAGGCUUAUCUUCCAAACAAGAGAGAGAGAAAAGACUGUUUCUGGCAGAUGCUUUAUAAGUGACCUUACUGUUUAAGCUCCUGCCUCCUGGAAUGGUUUCUGAUAAAGUAAGAGCCUGGAUGAAUGGGAACGAGAGUAUUUUUCCCCUAAGCCCAUCUCCUGCAAAAUGCCACCCUCUCUUCUGAGGGUUUGGGUCUCAUUUAUGCUGAAGUCAGACCGAAGUUGGCCAGGCAGCUCCUUCUGGCAGUGGUUUGCUGGAAGGAGGUGAGCUGAAAGCAUUCUAUCUGUUAUCUGCUCGUUUAAAAGAAAACACAAUAAAACAAAUUAACUCUUUUUUUGGGGGGUCAUAUUUUAAAAAUAGGGAAGAAACAAAGAGGUUUUCAACUUUGCCUUCUGUUUUUAAUCUUUGACGGGUCAGGAAUUACAAAGACAACAGGUUAAAAAUUUCAGACCUUGUUGUCAGACUUUAGGAUACCAGAAGGGUGGAAAAACAAUUUCUGGCCCAACUCCAGGUGCUGCUGAAAAGGGCCUCUGGAAUUUUAGCAGUGAUGGCGAUGAUCUACCUGUGCUGAUGGCCCGGAGCUGCCCAGUGGCUGCAAGACCAGCCUGAGGAUGCUGGAGGAGAAAAGUGAGCACAGUCAUAAGAAAUCCCAACUAUGUGUCUGUAAGCUUUUAAGCUGAUUCACACACAAACACUGCAGUGCUCUCCCAAGGCAGCUUUCCCACUACGGUACUGCUAUGCUGCGAGUGUGCAGAGAUGCUGCUUAGCUCAGCCACAGUGGCACAGAAGAGGUUUGUUUUUACUUUUAGUUCUGCAGCUCACGUGGUUUUGGAAUAGAGAACAUAGCAGUAGGGUUAGCUGUCAGACUGGGCAGCCUCAUAACCUUUGCAUCUGAGUUCAGCCUUAUUCCAAACCUGACUUCCUAAAUGAUUCAGGAUGGUUUUUUACAGUGUUUGUUGCUUUUGAGUUAACGCUGACUGCGGCUGAUGAAAUACUGAUGUUUUAUUCUGGUGUUUGGGAUUUUUACUAGACCGUUCACUCCACGUGCUGUGACUGAUUUAGGUGAGGAAUGUGCAAAUGUAAUGGUGAUUUCAUACCUAGGUCAGUAUGGGAAGCAGCUGUUUGGGUUGGAAGGAGAGGGCCUUGCUUUCUGCUUGCCCCAGAAGAGCUGUUCCUUCUCACUCCUGCAAGCUGCUGCUGUCACUUCCCUCAUUUCAGAAAUUUAGACCCUUGAUGAAAAAGGAAUUGCUUAUUUUAGACGUAGCUUGGAAAAGUUGCUUCUUGAUCUGACACAGCCCAGUUCAUAAGGGUUGAAAAGGUGUGUGUUGAGCUUUUGGUUCCUUUCAGCUGCUUUCUUGAGUGGUUCUGAGCUUUUGGGGAUGUUACAUAAGCCACCUGAUGAAACUUGAAGUGAGCAAACCAUAGAGCUCUUUAUGAAACAUCACUAUUUUUUUUUCUAUGACCAUAGGAAAUAGGUUUCCAAUGUCUGUUAAAUGCUUGGUUGCUUUGGAAAAGGCUUUUUUUUCAUGUGAAUUGUUAGCUGCCACCAUUACAGGAAUGAACUCAGUGAAUGCUUGGUUUUUAGAGUUGGAACAUUACCACCAUGUGUGAAAUACACUGAGUAAAAUCCUUCUGCUCAUCCCCUUGCUUUUUUUUCCAUUCAAGAGUGCAAGUUAAGCUCAGGAUUUUCAAAGAUAUUUCACAACAAGAGCAGCACUAACGUGCUGAGGCUCUUUGGCACUGGUGCCCAGGCUGAGCACCGAGGAGCAGAAGUAAUUCCUUGUGCUCAGCAGUCCAGGAUUUUAUGUAAGUAGUGUAGCAGUGCUCUGUUUUGUUUUCUCUUUCAUUAAGAGGAUCAGAGCUGAGAUUUUUAGAUCCAGGACAGUUUCUGCAGGUAGCUGGUGGAAAUGGAAGGCAGACAUUCCAACCAGUUUGGUGCAGUUUGCUUUCUUCACACGCCAUGCAGUUGGAGUGUCUUUAAUUUUCUUAUUUAAUAAUCAUUCCACUGUAAAAUACAUUUGUGAAGAGCAGCUCUCGUUCUCCUUGGCGUGCUGUACACAUGCUGGAAAGCAUUGUGUUCUUUUUGCAGCACGAGGAAACGUCCCGGUGCUUGGUGGAACUUGGGUGAGUGCUGCUCAUGUGGAAGCAGUUAAGACAUCUGGUAAAGCUGUAUGAUAGCUUCACAGCAAUGUUAUUGGAGCUUGGAGCAGCCAGUGUAAUAAUGCUUUAGUGUCUGUAAGGGAGGAAACAAAAAGAGGGUAUUAACUCUAAGAAUGGCGCUAAGUAAAAACCCCCAAAUUAAAUGAUUUUUUCUUUAUGAAUUUACUUUAAUCUCCUGUAGAAAUGCUUCCCUGAUGCUUCCUCCAUCCUCUGUGAUGUAGGGCUCCAUUUGUGCUGAGGAUUGAGGUAAUGUUGUAACACAAGACUCCAAUCCUUGUGCUGACAGCACAGUACAAGAGAUGUCCUUCUUUUUUUUGGUAGAUUGUUAUGCUGUUUCCCUUGCAGUGACCUUCACAUAGGUGGGAUAGCACCUUCCUAUUGAAGCAAAUGUCUUAAAUCUCUCUAGUUGGAAUAGGAUGUGUGUUUGGAAGGGUGCAUUGCUUUCAUGAAUGAAUUUUGUGUAACAGCAGAAGUUGAUGAUCUCAAGGCUUUAUAACUGCACAAGUGUUGCUGGAGUUAAGAUGAGGCAAAAUGAGAGUUGGGAAGUUUCUCCUUUUCAUACAUAAACUCCAUAGCUUCUCGAAAAGACAGAAAAUUCUGAACAUUGGGAAGCCUUAAUCUGUAAACAUUUCAGCAAAAACUUGUCAUUCUACUCAUAAGAAUUUAAUUCCUUCUUUAUUGAGCAGGUAUGUAAUGAUAGAGCUGGUAACACUACUCUAAUUCUAAACUUAUACAAGUCCUGUUAUAUGUAUUUUUAAUUUAAUACUGUUUAGCCUAAUAGUGGUUUCCAUUGUUCACCUGCCUUUGGCUGUGUUCUUUUCAAGUCUCUUUUCAAAUGGACUGCUUCCAAGAGAGAAAUAAGGAUCCUUUCGUUCUUGAACCAUGUGAGGAGUUAUUAUAAAACAUUUUUUGGUGUAGAUGUGCUCCCCUCCCUCGUGCUCAGAAUAAAAGAGCAAGAAUCUCCCAACCCUGAUGGGUUUGAGCCUUAGAGCUGAGCUGACACCUAGAACAUUCAUGCUACAUAUACCAUAAGAGAGUGCUUGUAAUGCUGAGUUGAUUGGGAUGACGUUUACAGUUGCUUAAUGCCUUAGGUAAGUGGUUAGGCAGCUUGAUGCCUAGGUGCCCAAGGUGACCUGUCACCAGCAGUGGACACCUCACACGUAGUUUAUGCCCUCUCUUUUUGAUUUGUUUCCUUUUUUAAAACUACUUUGCCCUGCUUCUGUGUUAGACACUGAAUUCUGUUGUGAUCUGCACAGCAAUACAAGUAAUUUUUUGAAGUUUUUUGCAGCUUCCUAAGUUCAGUGUUCUAUUUUGUCAACUGUUUAAAUAUUAUUUUAACUUGGCUGCUUCCCUUGGAAACUCUCCUGCUUCACAGCAUGCCGGCUAUCCUGUUUUGUUGUCUCUGACAUGGGACUUAUAUCUGUUUGGUUGAUAACUGUGUUCUUCGUUUUGUACUUUUGCCUUCAAAAAUGUUUCAUUCUGGAGCAGCUGGAUCUGUUUUUGUGGUGCUGGUGCUACCAUGUCCCAUCCAAACAGCUGUAGAUGGUUAGAGGUAAUGCAGCCAGUGCUCCCUCAGAAAAACAGGGCAUUUGGUGCUGAAGUCCUUGGAUGUUUAUUUCCAUGCACACGUACCUGUAUUUUAUUAUCAAUUGGAUUCUGAACCAAGAUAUGCAUAUGUAGUAAUAAAUCCAGAGCAAGGUAGAAAUUUCAUUUAAAAAGACAAGAACUCAUUUCUGACAUCCAGUUUUUUGAAUGCAAAUUGAUGAGCGUGAUGUUCUUUCCAGGUUCAAAACAAGUGCCCUGCUGCCUGCAAGACACGUGAGAACAUUUGCCCAAAUUGCAGGGUAUUGCUGCAGUAAACCAUGCAAUAAUAUGUUGCUUGUGUGUGUGCAUGCCCUCUAAGACUAACUACGGAAUAGAAAAUGUAUGACAGCAUGCAGGAUAAAGCAGGCGAGGGUCACAAAGUGAGUACUGGAGUAGGAGCACAGGAAAGUGAUGUACAGAGCUGCUGUGCCCAGCUCAGUUUCUCUGGUGUGGUUUUAGCUGUUCUGUUGAACACAGAAUUACAGACAUAAAGACCUUGGAAACUCACGUUAACUUGACGUCCAACAGCUACAAUUUGUGCUUGUUGUGCUCUUCGCUGCUAUUUGAUGUAGUGGGGCAGGGUGAGCUUGUGCCAGUGACUGCAGAAUUUCUUCAUAUGCCCCGUUGAGGUGCUCUGUGUCUCUGCUGGCAGAGUUUAACAUGUUAGGAAAACUCGGAACUUUGGGAGUGUAAUGAAGUUCUCCCUUAAUGUGAAAUCUUGGAGUGCUCGUGCCAGCUGUGGGUAGAAGUUGUGUCAGUGAGGCUUCGUAGUCAGAGUUUGGGGAAGACUUUGCUGAUCCAUCAUGCAGUGUGGAGCUCUUGUAGUAGAAAAAGACUGAGGCAACCCUUCCUGUUUUGUUCUUUCGGGGAUUUUUUUUGCUAAAUUCACAGCCUAGCUCCUAACUUAAGAUCUGCAUCAGAGUAUUGCUAGCUGUUAGCAGGGAAGCUCAUUUGCUGUUGUUUCCUGUGAGUGCCCACAGCCAGAAACAUGCUGUCUACCUUCCUGUUACCAAAGUGAGAUGGGCAUGGUGCAGCUUUGCUGCUGAGGGCAGCCCUGCCUGGGGCUGAUGCACAGAAACCUUGGCAAAGCUGCUGAUGGUCACAGGCUCAGCCAUGGCUGUGCUGAUAGUUGUGGGGUAUUCUGGCAGCAGUGAAGUCUAACAGCUGCAUGGGCUGCUUGUUGCCUCACCUACCUAAUGUCCAUGGCAGCCAGUGCCAGCUUUCCCAGCUCAUGGUGAGUGACCUUCCCCCAGCACAGGGGUAGGAUGCUGCAGGGAGUGCUUCUCCAGUAUGAGUUUGGCUGUUGGGAGAAGUCACCAUAUCCGUUGUGCUGCAGAGUAUGCUCAGAAGAUAGGCCAUGUCCACCUGAGACAUCUCUGUUUUAUGAUUUAAAGCUGUGCUCAGGUGCUUUUUGUAUUUACAGAUGUUGCAUUUGAUGCCUUUGUGGGUGAUGCUGUUUCAGGGCGAAUGUGUGGGUACGAAGAAGUAAGAUCCUGGGCUGGGGCCAUUCAGCGGGCUGCUCCAUGCAGCUGUAACUGUCUGGGUGACCCCUGGUGUGCACUGGUGGGCAAUGGCACUUGAGAAGAGGCUGGAUUUUCUGUGGGGCAUUCUGUGCCAGGCCUGCACUGCUUUAUAGCUCUGCAAGAAGAGCUGAGGGAACUGAAGUUCCCACUAUCUGCUGGCUGUAGCUGCAGUUAAAGUGAGGCUUGGCCAACUGCUGGACAGAAACAAAAGCUCGAUUCUUUGUGUGUGCAGGAUGCUAUUUCUCUCUUUUUUUUUUUUUCCCUUUUGUCUUUUCCCUCUUUUGUUGUUUUCUCCUUAGCUGCCAUUUGACAGCUCCAUCAGCAUGGUGGGAGAGUGAUGGAUCCCUAAUGGCUGGAUGCUUCUUUUCUUUGCCAUACUGGCACAUCCUACAUGUCCACUAUUUUGGGGGUUAGAAACCAUUUUGCUUUCUACCAGAGUUGCUGCUCGUUUCUGUGCCAUGCCACAGCCUGACAUUUUGGGAAUCUUUUGGUCCAGGUUACAGCAGCUGUGUGUGCUGUUAGAAAUAUGAACAAACUGAGCUGUAUAAGUGCCUUGCUCAGGUAACGUACCCUUUAUUCAAAUAACUUUUGCUCUGGAAUGUGCUCCCUGCCUGUAAUGCCAAGUUUAAUUAAGAGAGGAUCGCAGGGAUGAGAUACAGACUUCAUUUUUCUCUUCUCGUCAACUUUCCCUCCUUGCCUUUUUCCCCAUUCUCCUUUGAUCUUCAGAAAAUCUCAGCUCGUGAAAAUAAAGGCUCCACAGAGUCUUCAAGGUAAAGAAAUAUGAGUAAGCACAAGCACCACGAAUCACAGAUUUGCAUGCACUGUGCUUGCUGCAGGCUGUCUUUCUUCAGUUGACUCAGGUUUUCACCUCGGUAGAGCAGGGGUGAGGAAUUUCCUUGUUGAGGACUGAAUAGGCUUUUCAAACACCUUUGAGCCCGCUCUGUCAUUAUGCAGCGUUGCACAAUGGUUCGUUGAAGCCAAACCCUGGCUGUGGGCUGCAUGAAACAGAGCAUGGCCCGAGCUCAGCGGGUGGGUGGCAGCUGGGCCUGCAGCAGGGUGCUGGAACCCCUCCCCUUGGGCUCCUGCUCCACAUGCCUGCAGGCCUGGCUUUCUGCACUGAGGUGGAGAUGGACACCUGUGGAUCCAUCCUGUUCCUGUUCUCUGCUGUCAUCAGCUCUCAGCGAUGAUGUUGUGGCCUCAUCUUUGAAGUCUUCUUGCAGUGCCUGGGGAAGUGGAAGCAAGAAGCGACUCGUUGGCUGCCUUUGGGGCCUGUCAGGUGCUGCUGUCGCAGUGCUGGAGUUGGGGAAGUAAGAGAAGCAGUUUCUGAUUUAUUUAUGACAAUACGCUGCUAUGGUUCAGUAAUGCUGUGUUUCUACUGUGAGAAGGAAAUGAGAAUUCAGGUGGGAGUCAGCUGGUCGUGGCUUACAGAGAUGGAUCACAAGGCCUACAGAUGGCUGUGACAUGGCGGAAAGUGAAGUACUGCUAAUUGGCUGAAGUUUUCUGAGUGCUGAUGGACCUCAUUGGGACUCCUGCACAUCCUGUCUCUGUUCUGUGCCUCUUUGAACUUUUCCCCACUGAUAGCUGUUUCAGUCACAGACCAGAGCUGAUAGUUCUGAAACGAUCUCCCUUCUCCCAGUUCAUAAAGUGAAACUUACGGAGAAAACAUCUAACCUUACUGAGGCUUCUGCUUAUCACUGUGUCUUCAGUUCACUAGGCACAGUGUGAACCUGGUCUGGGAGGCUGCCAGGGUCAGGAAAGCAUAGACUGCUUUGCUUAUCUUUAUUAGUAGGUAUCUGGAAGCUGUACUGUCCUGUGCCUGUGCUGAGGACUGGCUGUGUGUCAGUGGCAUUCUCUGUGAGACAGGAGGUCUGCCCCUGGAUGCUCCUGGGAGUAUGGGUCUGCUUUUAUUUCUAAAAUGAUACUCCAGAGCAUGUUCAGAGCAGAGCUUUGUGCAUCUGCAGGGUUCCAUAUGGGAAGGAGUCUGAAGAAGAUAAAAUGGAAAGAAUUGAGCUGGUUAUAUUGCAGUGUGGGGUGUCAUCCCAUCUGAUCUGCAGGAGGCUGAGGUUCUCCUGUGUUGUUGGUAGAGUGGCAACGUGAUGCAUUGCCUGUGUUGCGUGCAGCUGUAAGGGAAGUCAGCAGGAAAGGGCUGUUCAUAACAUUCAUGGUUGCCUCUUUAGCAGCUGAAAGCAGCAAACUGCUGCACGUGGCAUUGAUAUUGCAGGAAUGACUCUGGCGAUGUGUUAGCACCUUCAGUGCCUUGCCAGACAGUGACUGAUUAAUACAGUAUGUCCUUGCAUAAGUCUUAAUGAAGAGUUUAUGUUGCUUGUGCUCAGAUUUUAUAUAAAUAUAAUCAUAUAUAUAAUCAGCUCUCUCAAUUGCAUCGUCUGAAAGGGUAUCUUGCUUGCUUAUGCUUGUAAUUUAGUGAGGUUUGUGCUUGGUUGGAAUAUUUCAGAUUAGCUUAGUUUCCUCUUCCCUCCCCAUAAAGGAAAGUUAAAUAAAAAUAACUGUUAGCUUUCACGGGUGUGCGGUUUGGCAUAGACCAAAUGCUUAUUUUAUCUGAGGCCUCUGAAGGUGGAAGGAGACGUUUCAACAAGUCCCUUGGAGGCGGGCAGAGGUACAGGGUUGGAGAGCUGUGUGCCGUUAGCACAUCUGCAUGCAUAGGUGGAACCCAUCACCCUGCUGGCUUUCACCGGCCGCUAUCAGGGCUGCUCUUGGUCUUGCUUUUGCACAAGUCCUCUUUUGGCAGGCAGAAGAUCUGAGGCUGCGUUUGCCAAGUCUUUGAGAAAGUAAUUCUUGGCCUGCCACAACUUUGAAUACAACUUUUUGAGUUGGAAUGGAGAGAUAAGGAUUUUCAGUCACCUAAGGUACUCUUCCACUGUUUGAGAAACUCCUUUUUAGGUCAGAUUGAAUAAAUCUGAUGCUGUUGGAAAACAAAACCGUGGAGAAGAUGGUCUGAGAUUUGCUGGUUCUGUGGAUUUUUCUGCACGUUGAAAUCAUCUGGGAUGGGUGAGCUGCUGAGUGCUGGGGCAGGAAGUGAGCUGCGGCUAAGGUAGCACCGUCUGAAUGCACACUUGUCAGAAAGCUGCUUUCAGCUAAUCCCUGGGAGGAAGUGAGCUAUAAUCAGUACUCUGUGAGCUAAUCACAGGAAAUCUAUUGCUCAACAGGAGCCUCGAGGGGGGUUGGGGGGUGGGAGGGGAAAAAAAGGGAAAAAAGAGAGGAGCGUUAGAAAAAUACCCGUGCAGACAUUGCAUUCUGCUUUUGUAUUCAAAAAAUGUUUGGCCUGAGAAGAUGGAAUAUCUGCUGAAAAGACCAACCCUCCAAAGUGCAUUGAAGAGCUGCACAAUGCCUGUAUCUGUUUUCUUGGAAGGUCUUUUUGCUCCCUUGUCCGGAAUAAAGAAGCAUCGAGGCUCGUCUCCUCCAGGAAGGUGUUCUGCUCACGAAUGCUGGUGCUGGGAAGGCUGAAGACAAGAUAACAAAUUGGAGUUCUCACUAGCUGUUCAGAACCAUGUCUGACAACGGAGAACUGGAAGACAAGCCACCAGCUCCUCCUGUGCGGAUGAGCAGUUAUGGGGGAAAGGACCCGUUGUCUGCCAACCACAGCUUGAAACCUCUGCCCUCUGUACCAGAAGAGAGAAAACCUAGGAAUAAAAUCAUCUCCAUAUUCUCUAGCACUGAAAAAGGAAGCAAGAAGAAGGAAAAGGAACGACCAGAAAUCUCCCCGCCAUCAGACUUUGAGCAUACUAUCCAUGUUGGCUUUGAUGCUGUCACUGGAGAGUUCACUGGAAUGCCAGAGCAAUGGGCUCGGUUGCUACAGACCUCAAAUAUCACCAAGUUAGAACAGAAGAAAAACCCUCAGGCGGUACUAGAUGUGCUGAAAUUCUACGACUCCAAAGACACAGCAAAACAGAAAUAUCUGAGCUUUUCUGCUCCAGAAAAAGAUGGUUUCCCUUCAGGAACACCAACGACCAAUGCCAAGGGUUCAGAACCAUCAACAGCUGUGGCAGAUGAUGAUGAUGAUGAUGAAGAAGCACCUCCUCCUAUUAUUGCUCCACGGCCAGAUCACACGAAAUCGAUUUAUACACGGUCUGUAAUUGACCCCAUCCCUGCACCAGCUGGUGACGCUUCUGUUGAUGGUGGGACAAAGUCAGGUGAUAAGCAGAAAAAGAAGACCAAAAUGUCAGAUGAAGAGAUCAUGGAAAAACUACGUACUAUUGUGAGCAUAGGUGAUCCCAAGAAAAAAUACACCAGAUACGAAAAAAUUGGGCAGGGGGCUUCAGGUACAGUUUUCACAGCUAUUGAUGUGGCUACUGGGCAGGAGGUUGCUAUCAAACAGAUAAACCUGCAGAAACAGCCCAAGAAGGAGUUGAUUAUUAAUGAGAUCUUGGUAAUGAAGGAGCUAAAGAACCCCAACAUAGUCAACUUCCUGGACAGUUACCUCGUAGGAGAUGAACUGUUUGUGGUGAUGGAGUAUCUAGCUGGAGGCUCGCUAACAGAUGUGGUCACAGAAACAUGUAUGGAUGAAGCACAGAUUGCUGCUGUUUGCAGAGAGUGCUUGCAAGCGCUUGAGUUCCUCCAUGCCAACCAGGUCAUCCACAGAGAUAUAAAGAGUGACAACGUGCUUUUAGGAAUGGAUGGAUCAGUUAAACUAACCGACUUUGGUUUCUGUGCUCAGAUCACCCCAGAGCAGAGCAAGCGCAGCACUAUGGUUGGAACUCCUUACUGGAUGGCUCCUGAAGUCGUCACAAGGAAAGCCUAUGGCCCUAAAGUGGAUAUCUGGUCACUAGGCAUCAUGGCUAUUGAGAUGGUGGAAGGAGAACCCCCGUACCUCAAUGAAAACCCCUUGAGGGCGUUAUAUUUGAUAGCAACUAAUGGCACACCAGAGCUUCAGAACCCUGAGAAACUGUCCCCAAUAUUCCGGGAUUUCUUGAACCGAUGUUUGGAGAUGGAUGUUGAGAAAAGAGGAUCAGCCAAAGAAUUGCUACAGCAUCCCUUCUUGAAACUGGCCAAACCUCUGUCUAGCUUGACGCCACUGAUCCUGGCAGCCAAAGAAGCAAUGAAGAGUAACCGCUAACAUUAUUGCCAUGGCCUACAUUUGUUUUUGUUAUUUUUUUUUUUACAAAUCUUUUUAAUAUAUGAAAUUGUUACACUUCUGGUGGGAGGGAAGAGAUUUGCGGGUGGGGUGGGGCGGGGGGAACAUCUGCAAAAGGGAAGCAACUCUCAUCCAGAAGACACCUGACAUAAAUUGUGGUGAAUCUAGUGAUCCCUUUCUGGGGUCCAGAAGGAAUUGAGGACUGAAUUACUGGCUUUUUUUUCCCUUCUUCUCCUAUAUUUUUUUUUUCUCCAGACAGCCCAGAAAUGCCACUUAGCAUGCCCAGGGUUUUAAGGGCUUUAAUGACUUUACUGUAACAACUCCCAUUCAUUGUACCCUUGUGGGUGCUUUUAGUACUUGAAUGACCAAUUCAAGCUUUCAGAGAGCAGCACUAAUUUUACCAGCUGAUCUCUUUCAUUCUCCUCUUCCUCCCCUCUACCUGUAAAUUGCUCUAGUAAGCUCCCAAAUGACAGGAUUCAUGGCAAAUGUGACUAAUGUGAAGGUACAUCUUGCCCCUUGUUCCUUAUGCAGAUUAGCUGUCACUCAACUGUUUAAUAGUGUGGCUACUUAAGAAAUCACAAUAUGAGAUAUAUUUUGCUUUUUCAGACAUGUAUGGAGAGAGGGGGAAGAGAAGUAUUCAAAUGCUUUUUAUAUGCCUGUGCUCUGUGGACUAUUAAUCAAAGAUGUGGCUACUUUGUAGAAACCUCAUGAUUGGUCAAGUCUUUGGAUGUCAGUUUAUGGAUAUGUAGGUAAGGGUCAGAUAGUUUAUUUAUGAUCAAGUGAUCAGCUAUAGUCAGGGCAAGAAAACAAUUCCAGCUGUCUUCCUGUGUGUUCUUUUUCCCAUUAGUCUCGCUGGCCAGAAGCUUAAGGGGUAUUUUGCUUGGUGUGGUGGGUGGUUCAGAAACAUGUAUUGCAUCUUUGCUCUGACUUGGGCUUUGGAAGUUAUGCUGGUGCCUUUGACUUUUUAUUUUACAUUUUCUUUCUUGUAUCAAAUACAUUUUUGUAUAUGUUGUAAUUUUUUCCCCCAAGCAAGUAAUGCAUCAACAUAUGGAGUUGUCAGAAUUUAAGUAUUAGAGCUAUUUUUUUUCCAGUUUUGUAUGUGCUCCGUUUGUAUUAAUGAAAUCAAAACAAGUCAUCAGAUCUGAGGACACUGAAGAUGCAGGUUUUCUCAAACAGAAGAUUACAAACACCUGGAAAUGCCAAAAUGCUGUUCUGAGAAGACGGAGGCUGAGAUGGGAGAACAGUGCCUUCAGAAAUCCACGGGGCUUAUUUAACUGGCUGGUUGGAAGCUGAAGAGACUUGAUGCAUCAUCACACUGACCCUUUCUCACUGCAAACAACAGCAGCCUGAGUGGCUGAAGUUGAACAUUCAGUGCAAGAAAAAGUGCCUCCCUUUGAGGGACAGUGAGCGCCUUCAGCGACUGUGAUUUCUUGGUGUGUUAAUGGGGCGAGUGUAAAAGAGCCUGUGCCCCCAGCUUCUUUUAGUGCUACAGUCUAUGCAUUUCAACUUCCCAAACAGUUUAAUGAAGAACUAACUGUA